CCCUGCGCGGUGCCCCUCUCCGUCCGCAGCCUGGCCCUCUAGCUUCAGCUAUACCUGCUUGGAGCUACCAACCGGACUUGCUGCCAAAAUGUUCCCGGCAUCCACAUCUGCAUGGACAUCGAACGUCUCUCAGCUCGAGGUCCUAAUCACUCGGGCGUGCAAUCCGACCAUGGGCGAGCCCAACUACGCCCUCCAUCUUGAGGUUGCGGAGUAUAUCAACCAAAAGAAGGCAAACACCCCCCGCGAAGCGGCGAUGACCAUCGCACGGCUCGUGAACCACCGCAACCCGCACAUCGCCAUGCUCGCCCUCGCGCUGCUCGAAACCCUCGUCCAGUCCUGCGGAUACCCCUUCCACCUACAGAUCUCUACCAAGGAGUUUUUGAACGAGCUCGUCCGCCGCUUUCCCGAGCGCCCGCCCCCGUUCCCGGGCCCGGUCAUGCAGAAGAUCCUCGAUCUCAUCCACAGCUGGAAGGAGGGCAUUUGCGUGGAGUCGCGAUGGAAGGACGAUUUUGCGAACAUCCGGGAUAUGCACCGGCUUCUCACCUUCAAGGGUUAUCGUUUCCGGGACGCGGGCAGGCAGCAGGCCUCCUCGGCGCCGUCCUCGUCGGUACAGAAUCUUAAAUCCGCGGAAGAGCUUGAGGCGGAAGAUCGGGAAGCGCAGCAAGCUAAGCUGCAAGAACUGAUUCGCAGAGGAACGCCGCGGGAUCUCGCUGCCGCGCAGGAGCUCAUGAAGACUUUGGCGGGUGCAAACCCCGACGCGAAACCGGACUACCGCACGCAGUCUCUCACGGAGCUGAACAAGCUCGAGAGCAAAGUCAUCUUGCUUAACGAGAUCCUAGACAACGUCGAUACCACGAGAGGAGAGAAGUUUGUGCAAGGAGACGUGUACGAUCAAGUCGCGUCAAUACUCCGCGACGCCCGACCAAAGAUCCAGAAGUGGAUAUCCAACGCCGAAGAAGACGACCCCGAGUCCCUCGACACCUACCUCCAGAUAAACGACCAGAUCAACACCGUCCUCAACCGCUACGAGUCCUACAAGAAGGGCGACUUCUCCGCCGCCGCCAACCCUAUCCCCGCAGAGCUCUCCAACGGCGCCCAAGGCGUCUCCCUCAUUGACCUCGACGAUGCCCCAGCACCAUCGUCGAAUGCGGGUGGGGCAGCUGGUGGCGGGGGCAUCAACGACCUCGCGGACCUCUUCGGCGCAAGCCCCGCGGCCCCCCAGGCGCAACCCCAGACCGCCCUUCCACCUGGGUACCCCGGCCUCGCCGGCUCUGGCUUCAACAGGAGUCAGGGUUACGGGGUGCCGAUGAGCGCAGGGCUGGGGGUCGGGACGGGCUUCGGCGUAGGCUUAGGCGGCACGGUGUUCUCAAGCCAGCCAGUCACACCAGCUUUCCAGGCGCCGUCCCCCAUGGGUGCGAACGGCCCCCCGGGCAACCUCCCCCAGCGCGCAGGGACCACGUCUCCCUCAUCGGGGGCGCCGCUGGGCUCGAUCCGGUUGGGGACGCCACAGCUGCAGCCGCAGAGUCCCGCGCAACAGCCGCAGUACUCGCAGUCGUCUGCGCCUGGGUUCUUUGGGCAGCCGGUGCAACCGCCGCCGUUCCAGCAGCAGCAGUUCCAGCAGCAGCAACUCCAACAACAGCAGUUCCAGCAACAGCCGUUCCAGCAGCCACUGCAGCCUCAGGUUCAGCAGUCGGCCCAGCCGACACCGGCGAACGGGCAGGCGCAGGGGAAGGACCCAUUCGCGGAUCUAGUCGGGCUCUUCUGAGGACGAAUGGACUUGACUAUUGCUAUUUACUGCUGUCGUUGGUUGGUUGGGAGCAUGUAUACAUCGCACGAGGAAGGAUGUAGGUUAGGGGAAGCAGUCAUACAUCUCAUCUAGCGUUCUCGAAACCAUGUCUCGCCACAUACCUAGGUCAGCGCCAGGACGCAUGAUUGAAGGAGCCCAACACACGAGGCCGUGAACGUUUGAUGAGUGUGAUUCGGUUGGGCACUAGUGGAAGUAUAUGUACAAGCAGGCUCAGUGCUCGAUGCAAUGUCCGCACAAGCUGGGCUUGGGUAUAUCGUGCCGCUCGCUCAUGUGUAGAACUUGCGGUUGGGGUUCGGACCGAAGAGGUCCGCCCGGAUCUCCGGCAGCAUCCUGUCCUCGAGUAACCGUAGCCGCUCAUCGAGGGUGUUGUCGAUCGUAAUGCGCUGACUGCCGCUGACGAGCUUGACACCUCCGGCGAUAUCGUCACUCAACGAGCCCUCGACGGUCGACUUGACCGUCUUGCCGCUGAUCUCGUUAUACUGCUGCGCCGCAUUCUCCGCCGCCCGCUGGACGAGCUGGACGUCCUUCGGGCGUGCGUGCACGGUAACCUCGGGCUCAAGCUGGGAGAGGAACCCCUGGACGAUGAUCCCUUGGAGGAACUGGACGUAGCGGCCCUCGUCCAUUGCGAGCUCGUCGAUAGCCGCACGAGCGGUCGCGAACAGGUCCUGGAGAUGCUCCUCACGUUGCUGGAGUAGCUUCAGGCGGGACUUGUUGGUGAGCGUGGAGUGCGCAAUCUUCUGCGAGACCUCGGCGCCCUUGCGCUUCUUCUCGUAGAGCGCGUCGAUGGCCUGCUGCUCCUGCUUAACAAGUUUUGCCUUCUCAAUAGCGAACUCCUCAUCCGCCUUCACCUUGAUCUCCCGUGCCUUCUCGAGGGCCUCUUGCUUAAUGAACGCCACCAUCUUGUUCAUCUCCGAGAGAACCUCAUCGUCGUUGAGCGGUCGGCUCGCCAUAGUGGCUCGUUCGUGAGGUCCUUCAAGAAGAACCCUUGUCUAACAGGAUAUUAUGCCGAAGCAGCAGGGCGUCGGGGACGACGUCAAUAGUCGAGAGC